UCGCUUAUCAUGUCUUUUUUCUUCUUUUUCGGCCACGGUGUCAUCGACGAAUGGUGUGAAAUUGUUGUCCGACCCAAUAAAACAAACAUUGUGUCGGACAACACCAGCACGUACAGCUGUCACGUCUGUACGAUAAAUGUUAAUCGAAAUCGUCAUUGAUGGUGCAAGCGGAAAAAUAAAAUCAACCCCAGCAGCGUUCCGCGUCGCUUAGCAACACAAGAGGGGGGGGUGGGGCGGCGCUGUGUUGAGGGCGACGUGUGCGUCGUGACGUCACCGCGCACGGACGUCACGGCGCGCGCGCUGACGUCAGGGCUCCUAGGCGCGCCACUGAUUUAGGGUGGAGGAUGAGGCGUUUCGGCGUCCGAGGAGGAGGUCUAUGGGAUAAAGUUUUCUACGACCGCCGUACAUUGUGGCCGCGCCAGUCUCUCUCGCCGCAACUGGAAUUUUCUGUGCGCGUGCGUGCAAAUACGGAGGUACACUCGCUCUGCGUGAUUCGUAACUUAACCCGGAGCGCGCUAGUCGACCCGUGCAACUGGGUGGACCAGGCGUUUUUGUUUGCUCGCCAUGGUGGACGUGGUGGUGAUGAUGGGGGGGGAGGAGACGGAGGAUGCCUCGACAAUGACGACGGCGACGACGACGGUGGUGGUGAACAGCAGCAACGGCAACAGCGUCGAUGGUGAUGGUGGCGGCGGUGGCGGCGAUGACGACGACGGUGACGACCACGACGGCGGCGGCGGCCGUCGGCAGCGGCUUGCGGCAUCUGCGCAGCGCAGGGGAGACUCGCCCGAAGUGGCCCAGCUGCAGGAGCUCGUGAGGAAGCUCGAGCGGCAGAACGAGCAGCUGCGCCGGGCGAGGAGGACGGGCGCGAAAAGGCGGCAGAUGAGCGACGACCAUCGACAACUCCUCGACUUCCAGCUCCUCCACCAGCAGCAGCAGCAACAGCAGCAACAACCAAAUGCUGAAGAGCACAGAGGUUCGCUGGACCCCGCCGGAUUAACGUCUCCGUUGCUAGGGCCGCCGUGCCGUGGUUGCGCGGACUUUCAGCCGAUGUCGCCGAUGUCACCGAUGUCGCCCACGUCGCCCACGUCGCCGAUGUCCUCGGGCCUCCAAAGUCCCUCUUCGGACCUCCAGACCGUGAUGUCUGAUGCAGGGUCGGGACGCCUCCACCACCGUCAUCACCACCAGCACCAUCGUCACCACCGUCGACACCGUCAGCAACAGCUACAACAACAACAAUUUGGGCCUUCGGAUCAUUAUCCCGUGUCAUCAAACUUUCAGGUGGCCUCGGAUCUUCAGUUGUCUUCGGAUCUUCAUCCCAUUUCGCCGGACCUCCAUGUGCCCUCAGAUCGCCAAGUGUCCCCGAACCUGCAUACCAUUUCCUCGGACCUUCACGUGUCCUCAGACCUUCACCCCGUGUCCUCGGACCUUCAUCCCAUGCCCUCGCACCUCCACGUGUCUUCGCGCCAUCAUUCCGUUCCCACUGACCGUCGUGUGUCCUCAGACCUCCAGGUUUCUUCUCACCGGCAAGUCCAUGCCGUCUCGUCGGAUGGCCACGCCACUUUCCCAGGCCCCCAGCCACCAAGUUCAGUUCGAGUGGAGGAGACCUUAAGGGAGCCGGGAGGACACGGCGAGGGAACCCUGAAUACCGUGGCCUUAGUUGAUCUUGAAGAGUGCGUACGUUGGCAAGAUGAGAGCUGGCUGUACACGUCUUCUCGCCAGUGCAGCACCCCUGACGGGACGACGCCGAGCUGGUACGAGUGGAGCCGUCGAGUCCUGGACAACCCGAGCCCCGAGAUCGAGGCGGCUCGCCGGUCCCUCAUGUCGCGCCUCAGCAGCACAAUGCUUGGGGGCAGAAAUAGGAUGCACCGAGUGAGCGGCUGUAAUCGACAGUACACCAUGGUGGAUUGUGGCGGCGAGAGCCCCAAAGGAGCUAACCUCACCUUGCCAUCUUCCGCGCCGCAACUGGGGCGACACCAGCGAGCCGCUGUGGAUGAUUGUGACUUGGACCAUGUGACGAGGUGGUACAGCACUCCGCUAAAUAAAUUCGGAAGCCCUGAGAUUAAAAGCUCGAAGGGGCCAGACUAUGAAACACCUUUGAAAAUGACGCACCUCAUGAACGGAACCCAGAUUCUGGAUGGUGAUGACUCUUGUAUGGAUUCCCGCCCAAGUAACAUCUCUGAACUCCGACUAAUGGUCUGGCUUAAGGAGCAGAAGCUGCAACAGCAAGAAUUUGGGUCCUCGCUCAAUGAGAUGUCCCCGCCCAUGUACUCUCCCGACAUUCUCAAGGAGUGCAUCCAGGUGUGCGGCUUUGACACAACAUGCAUCUGCAGUUUGGAGACAACCAUGCUCGCAGAGGCUGCCGCAGACCUCUCCUCGUGCCAGGUUUUCCUCCAGUCGGGGGCGACCACCGCCGACCCUCGAACAGGAGACCCGCCGGCUUCGCUGGCACUGCCAUGUGGGCCUCGUGUGGCGGAUGAGCGGCAGGACGGGGACGGCUCGUCUGUGUCGGGGCCCGCAGAUUCGCCAGGGCGACUCCGAGCACCACUUCUUCACGACUUCACCCCCUCCAGCGACCGGGAGGAGGAAGAGGACACGUGCGGUCCUUUCUCGCCUUGCACGGACGAUGUCGAUUCUUCGAGAGGAAGCCGGCGAGAAUCCCCAAGUGACCACCUCCCGAGCAAAGCGUCCCGGCUUCAGCCGCCCUUGCGUCUGCGUGCACCGCAAAGCCUCCGGACAGACGGCUUGCAGCAGAGGAGCAGACAUUUAAUGGUGGAGCCAGGGAGGGUGGCUUCUGGUCUCUCUCAGCCCCAGGCAGUGGUGCGGGGUACAGCGGUACCCCAAGGCUCUCAGCAGCGUCGAGUAGAUGUGCCUGGUGCAGGUCAAGUCAAAGGCCUGGCGACGGCACCUGCAGCCUCCAAUGGGCUGCCAGCGGUCACUAGCCCAGGCCAAAAUGUCCGGCUGGCGAACACGAACGUGGUUCGCGCAGCGGAAACGAGGCCCCGCACUCUUGCGACGAACAAGCAGCCGGCGCCGCAGCCAAGGGCAGCGAGCGGUCCCUCCACACCUGCUCGGUCGCGCCUCGUACAGGCACAGAGGCCGAAAGUGGGAUCGCCGAGACACGGCCAAAUCAAUGCCAGCCCAAAUGAUAUGCAUGUGAGCAUGCCAAACCUGAACAGCACUAUCGUGCGGCCGGCUCUUGCAGUUGUAAAAAACAGCCUCAGCCUGGAGUCCAAUCUUCAGGAUACAGCUACAGAUGCGUCUCUUCGCAGUAAAAACAAAACAGGCUCGUCGAUCGCGAGGCUGCGUCUGCCGUGCAAAACGACGCCACCUCCCGCCGCGUCCGGAGCGAGCUAUCGGACGAGCUCCCAGUCGAGCAGUCCCGGCACUACUCAGGGCGGCGCAACCGGUUGUACCACCACGCACAAAGUGCCCUCGCCUGGAACCCCGAAACCCCGUUCCCGCCUGGUCGUUCCGAGCGGGUCCCCGUCGUCGGGAGUAGGAGCCGGCGACAGGAUUGGUGGCACCCGCGCGGCAAGCACCAGCUCGUUGGGCAAGAGUGCGCUGCCUAAGCCGGCGGCAAGCAAGACCAGCCCUAACACCCAGCCGUGUUCUGCGGUGCCUCGCAGCAAGUUGGCACAGCCAACUCAGAGGUCCCUACAAAUGCGAAGGUCUUUCGGGGUGUUAAAGGAUUCUUCAUGCAGAGUCAACUACUAAUGAAGGAUAUGUAGCAAUCCCAGCAUAUACAGAUAUCUAUUGACUUAUAGGAGUUCUGCAUGUGAGAUUAUGAGUGUUAACUGGUGCCAUUUAUCAUACCUUUCUCAAAUUACAGACACCAUAUUCAGAUUAUAUACCUCUUGAAUAUGUGGAUGCCCAUACAUAAUUGGGUUUUGACUUGUUUUAUAUAAAAAAAAAUGUUAUUCAAGUUGAUAGGUUUGACUUUUUUGAACCACAUUGUAGCUGUGCAUAAUUUACUGACAUGCAUGUACACUACUUAAGCAUUCAUUUAUUAAUCACCUUGCUUUGCAAAGAAGACGUGCAUAGUUUCUUUGCGUGUUUGUGCACACGUGCUUGAAAUGGUUUAAAAUGUAUGUGGUGGUAUUUUGCAACCACACCUGCAAAAUGGCACUCGGAGGGAUUUUAAAGUCGCUGUUGUACUUUUUGUUUUUUUCUUGUAACUUGCUAACCUUUUUUGUGCCUAAAAUCAGUCUGCUAACCUUUAUUCAGUCUUCGCGUGCACGCGGUAAUUGAUUUUUGAAUAUAUGUACGAAUGGAACUGGAUAUCGUAGCAGGUUUAGUAUUUUAAUAUAUGCACAUAUCCAAAGUAUAAUUUGCAUAAGCUACCUUGUGAAAAGAGGUCAUACUUUUUCAAUUUUAUAAGCUUAGUUUUUUUUCCGAUUAAUAUUAUUCAGGACUAUUUAUUGUAAGCUAAAGCCAGGAGUAUAUAUAAAUGUUCCCAAAUAAAUUCUGGGCACGCAGGUCUUGUUAAAUGUGUAGAGGAUAGGUUCAUAUUUCCGUUAUAAACCAAUGAUGGCAUUACAGAUACGCUUUCGUAGAAGAAGUGGUAUGUGUUUGUUGAGGGUCUGGGGGACGUGUUGUGUGGCUGUUGAAAUGGGACUGGAGUAAUUUUGAAGGAAAAUGGAACGUUACAGAUUGUCAUAUAAGACAGACAGCUAGGAAAAACCUAUUUUAAGUGGCUCACUGGUACGGUUUCCCACUCAUUUGUGCUAAUUAACGUUUGCUUUGCAAGUACAUGGGUACAGAGUAAAAAUUUUACCAGCUCUGCGAAGAGGAUAAUCAUUUUGUCAUGUCAAUAUUCAUUAAUUUUCAGCACCUACCGUUGGAACUUUGUGUGUUAAAUGCAGUGGCCUGUGGCUUCAACAAGGUACAACCUUCACUGGUGUUUACACAAUGAUACUACUAAUAUUGCACUACAUAGCACUCAACACCAGCAAAUUCCAUUGCAUGCCAUAAUGUUAUGCUUAACUGACUUAUUUAGAAAGACUGUUACUAAAUCCUGUUACAGAGGGGAAUGUUUAGGUUCUGCUCUAAGCACUUGUGGCAUAUGUUUUGUACGUAUAUUUUACAAAUGAUAAACAUUGCAUGGCGUGAAUGCACCCAAAAGCCCUGCAUUUAGCACUUACUACUAUAUGGCAGCCUUGAAGGGUCGUCUGUACAAUCUUUUUUGACGUGCUUAACUUUCUCAGGCCAAUUGUUCACCAAACUUGUGCUAGAGGUAGGUUCUUUGGUCACUUUCCAAGACAAUCAAAUACACUGGUAUGGUGGACUUGGUAGGAACUUGGCAUGCAAUGAUUUAUCAAUAUAGUAUAUCAAUUAGAGUGAGUUAUUUUUCCCACGAUGCAUGCAUAAAAUUGCACUUGCCUGAAUCAAUUGAAAUGUAUGCAAAUUAUAUGUAAAGGAUACGAUUAAUGGAGCAAGCAAACAGCAAUAAACAAGUAAUGAAAAUGCAAACAUUGCAGAAAAUCAACAACAAAGGAACCAUUCUUGAAUCAAACCCCCAAACCCUGCCUUAAUCGCGACGAUGCAUUGAACCAAUCGGGAGAUGAAUCAUAACAUGCCUAGUAGGUAUCCUGCUGAUAAAAACCAUAGUUUGCAUUUUUACAAAGGAAUAUUUCAGGGAAGGCUCGCGAGACAUUCUGCAGAUGUUGCCUUAAUUAUUGAACAGUAGUCAUGCCCUUUAACACAAUUUUAGUUCGUUUAUUUGAGCAGCAUGGCUGGCAGGGAGAAUUGUCUAUGCACUUUUUGUGUUAACGUAAUCAGAGCUUUGGAUGCUGUCGGGUUCAUUAUGGUUCUGGUGAUAUUGUUAAUGCCAUUUAAUGAACAUUUUAAGUUGGCGUAUCUAGCGAUAUUUAUAUACUAUGCCAUUUUAUAAACAGUACAUUAAAUGCAUUUGAGAUUCAUUUUUAUAUAUUUUUUUUAAUUUUGGGCGUGACAAUCGCUUGGCCAACCUGUGGGGGUAUUGUUCGUGGUUUAUGUUGUCCUUUGUUUAAUAAACAUUUUGAGUUUAAACUUACAAUAAAUUUAUUCAACUCACCA